AUGGCUCAUGUCGAGAGUUUCUACUUGGAUGCCAACUUGGAAAGUGACGCAGCUACUCUGCCUGUCACUGAGAAUGACUUGAUGGAAGCGCAGUUCAUUGCUGAUUCUCCACUAAAUAACGAUGCCAUCACUCGCAUCGUUGGUGCUCAACUUAAAUUUGAGAGAAACAGUCAAGUUGUUUCCGACUACUGUGUCGAAGCUCAACAAUCAAUGGAGCUAGAAAAUCCGAAUCUCGUUGCAAUGAGCAGCUCGAUUCUCGAUAACCAUAAGUAUUUCGCACCACCACAAAAUACUGAUGCAUCGCAGUACGUCUGGAACCCAACUGACGCCGUCUCUUCUCAUCAUCAAUACGUGGCACAGAGCCCGAACAUCUACACUAACGACUACAUGACUAGCGAACCAUCCGACUAUGUUUACAUGUAA